GACAUUUACACUCUCAUUUGGUAAACAAAUUUAAUCGGAGGAUACUUUAUCGUUUAGUUAAACGUGCCGAUGGUAUUGUUAAUCGGAUUUUUGCUCAUAUUUUGUCAGUAACCGACCUUUCAGUGUUUCACGAAUGGUCUGACCGUAAAUUAAUAAAUGUACAAAAUCAUGCAAUAGAUCCGAUCAAUUGAAUCGGCCAAUGCUACAGUGGUACAAACUCGUCUUACCAAAUAAUAUCAAUCAAAAUGUCGAUGUCCCAUCACUGGUCCGACAAUGUACAUACAACGGCCUUUACACCUCGUGACUAUCAGGUGGAAUUGGCUGCUGCAGCCAAAGAGAAAAACAUAAUCAUCUGUCUCGGUCACAAUUCGUCGAAAGAAUUCAUUGCACUGAAAUUACUGCAUGAGAAAGCAUACGAGCUACGUCGGAAAACGAACAAGAAAACCUCACUGUUCAUCAGCUAUGACGGAGAGUCCACGUAUAAUCUGUUGUUCCAUCUGACCGAUUUGAAAGUGUUGAAUGUAAAUAAAAGCAGCCGGCAGGAUGUCGACUGGGAGAAGAUCAAUGAGUAUCAUGUACUCAUUAUGAAUCCGGACGAUUGCCUGAACGCACUGAUAUGUUCGUACAUCCAAUUCGAGGACAUCAAUUUCAUGAUCAUCGAAAACUGCCAUAAACGUUUGGGAAAGGAUGAACUGCACGAAAUCUUCACUUACUAUUCGGAUAGUGCCGUUAAGCCGAAAGUUUUAGCCCUAGCUGGUCCACUACACAGUCCAGGAUGUCAGCCGGCACAUCUCAGUGGUGAAUUGGAAUAUUUGGAAAAGUUUCUGCAAUGCAAGUCGGAGUCGGCUAGUGAUAUCGUAACGGUAUUACGGUACUGUUCCAAACCAAUUGAGUUAGUCUUACAAUACGCACCGCCGACCGAAUGUAAAUUAACGGAAUUACUUCGGGAGCUGAUUUUAACGCGAAAAACCUUUCUCAAACAACACCGAUUCGAUCCGACGGAAAUCUAUCGCGAUCAGUUCCAAGACGAGAUCAAAGGUAUUCCCGAUCCGAAAAUCGAACCGCUCGAAUUUCUCGAUGAAUAUCUACAGGUACUGGACGAAUUGGGUCCUUGGUGUGCGGACAGAGCUGCUGCGAAUUUGAUUAGUCGCAUUGAAAAACGUAAAGUGAAAACUCCGUACGAGAGGCAUUUUCUGUUGUUGGGUAUGGUUUCGACAACGUUCAUUCAGAUACGAGGAUAUUGUGAGUCGGUGUUUCGGAAAUUUGAAAGUGAAAAGGAAAAGAUCGAAACGUAUUCCAGUCCCAAGGUUUUGAAACUUUUCGAGAUCAUGCGCUCGUUUAAACCGGAAGCCAAGGCUGCGAUUACAAAUCAACAGAAGGAAGUGGAUGCAUUGAAUCAGCUGGACUUUGCUAAAACGGAAAAGGUCAUUGAAGACCUGCAGGAAACGGUACAAAAUAUGCGUGUUCCCGAAGCAGAGGAAAUCAAAAGCGGUCUGACUUCUUACAUCAAAGGAACAUCUAAUCCACCGACUUCGAAGCCUCUACCGUCACCUCAAAAAUCUCGCCCUAAAUAUCGACAAAAUCCUCGACCACGGCAACGUCAAUAUUGGCACGAUCCAGAUGCGCUGUGUGGUUUGCUCUUUUGCAAUUCCAAAUUGCUAGCAAAAAUUCUCUUCAAUUUACUGUGCGAAAUGUCUAAACACGAUCCGAGCCUGGAUUUUCUCUGCGUUCAAUUUACCGUUGAUCGAAUCGCUGAUCCCAUUACCGAAACAAAGGAAGCCGAACUGGAGCAUCGCAAACAGGAAGAAGUUCUGAAACGGUUCCGAAUGCACGAAUGCAAUUUUCUCAUUGGCACGUCGGUGCUGGAAGAGGGAAUCGAUUUGCCGAAAUGUAAUUUGGUUAUCCGAUGGGAUCCACCGACUACGUAUCGAAGCUAUGUACAGUGUAAGGGUAAGGCUGCGUCCAACGCAUAUCACAUCAUUAUGGUUGGACCGACAUUUAACCGGGACGGUGACGAAUCGUUGGAAACUAUUUCGACUGUGAGUCAUCGAAUUGUUUGUCGACCGAGUGAAAAUUUGCUGGAGGUUUUCAAAAGGAGUAGCGAUUCUGAGGACGAAAACGGUAAAGAGGACGGUAAUGAUAGUGAGACUACUGAGGGCGACACUGUCGAAACGACCAGUUGUGACACUAAAACAACGAACGAGAGUGUUUUCUCUGAAAUUUCGAAUUUAUACAAGAAAUACAGGUGCGUCGACGAUUCCGAUGAGACCGUAGAGGAAAAUGAUUACGAUGAACAUUACAAAACCAAAUUGCUCAACAUGAGAAGCCGUACCUACGAAAUAAUCGAGAAGUUAGCACAGUACAUGGAAAUCGAAAAGAUGCUGAUCAAGAAUUGCGAAAACCGUGAACCACGUGACGAUGAUUUCGACAUCGCCGAUCAAUUUAAUUGUUGCAUUCAAUCGUAUCGACCGAUCCAUGACGAUCCGACUAGUGCCUCCGUAAAUUUAUCAACGGCCAUUGCGCUGGUUAAUAAAUAUUGUGCCAAAUUGCCCAGCGAUACAUUCACCAAAUUGACGCCAUUGUGGCGCUGUGCAAAAACUAACCGAAACGGUAUCGAAAUGUUCCAAUACACAAUACGGCUUCCAAUCAAUUCGCCCAUAAAACAGGAUAUUUUGGUGAGUAGCCCUCUUCAUCUUUGUCCGCUUUUAUGCCAUCCACUGCCUUUACAUCUGCCGCUCUCUACAAGUCAUCCAGUGAAGUUGUCCCACUCUCCAAUCCCCGCAUAUUUUCAGGGUCUUCCAAUGCCGUCACGAGUGUUGGCCAGACGUAUAGCUGCAUUGAUAACGUGUCGCCUGUUACAUCAGUCCGGUGAGUUGGACGACAAUUUGCAGCCCAUUGGAAAAGAAGGAUUUCUGGCGUCAGAACCUGACUGGGAAAACUUUGAAUUGGCCAAAACGGAUGAAGACAUUUUACAUGAAAACACCGAGCCACGGCCGGGCACAACCAAGAGACGGCAAUAUUACUAUAAAAGGAUUGCGUCUGUGUUUUCGGAUUGCCGUCCCAAGGUCGGGAAACUGGCGUAUUUGUACCACAUAAAAAUGACGCUUCAAUGCCCUAUACCAGAAGAGCAAAAUACCCGUGGCCGAAGAAUCUACCCACCAGAAGAAUCGGUUCAGGGCUUUGGCGUGUUGACCUUAAAAGAAAUACCAAAAAUUAGUUCGUUUCCCAUAUUCACACGGUCGGGUGAAGUAAAAGUGUCGUUGGAGUUGGCAAAAACAAAUGUCGAACUAACCGACGAGCAACUCAGUCGCAUCAACAUUUUCAUAAAUUAUACCUUCACCCAUGUGCUACGACUGCAGAAAUACCUGAUGCUGUUCGACGCCGAAGCGGUUGACAACAGUUUCUACAUAGUUCCUACAAUAACCCAGAACAACGAUGUGAACGUUGACUGGCAGUUCCUUAAUUUAAUUUCGAAUAAUUUCAACAAAAUGCCCGAAUCCAUUUCCGAUGACAUCCGUCAGACCCAGGAAUUCGAUGCGAAUAAAUUUCGAGACGCUGUCGUCAUGCCAUGGUAUCGCAACCAAGAUCAACCACAAUAUUUCUAUGUGGCCGAAAUUUGCUAUCACCUGUCGCCGCAAAGUUCGUUCCCCGGUGAAUGUUACAAGACAUUCCAGGAGUACUAUUUUCGGAAGUACGACAUAACUAUUCAGAAUGCCAAGCAACCGUUACUCGACGUCGAUCACACCAGUGCACGGUUGAACUUUCUGACUCCGAGAUAUGUUAACCGGAAAGGAGUCGCACUGCCAACCAGUUCCGAAGAAACGAAACGUGCGAAAAGGGAAAAUUUGGAGCAGAAGCAAAUUCUGGUUCCCGAACUAUGUACAAUUCAUCCAUUUCCGGCGUCGUUAUGGCGUGCAGCCGUUUGUUUGCCGUGCAUUUUGUAUCGCAUCAAUGCUCUGCUAUUAGCGGACGAGAUUCGUCGACAAGUGUCGGUGGAUUUGGGAUUGGGAAUGAAAAUGCUGAUGGAAGAUUCUUUCGAAUGGCCCAUGUUGGACUUUGGUUGGAGUCUGGCGGAAGUUUUGAAGAAGUCGUACGAGGCUAAAAUGGCUGCACAGACGGCGAAAAUGGCGAUUGAUAAAGGACAUGAGGAACCCGUGGUUGCUGUGAAUGGGGACAGUGUAGAGGAACCAGCUAGCAAAACGGCAAACGAUAUUCUGGAAGAAGCCGAUGAAAAGUUGAAGUCAGAAAACGUUUUGGAAAUUGGUACAUGGUCUAACGAAAUGGCUGCCAAUAUCAGCAACGAUGGAUUGACAAGUGACGAUGAAUGGACUGGGAAUUUUCCGCCAAACAUUGAUCUCUGUUCGUCGAACAAAACGAACAUCCGUUACGGUUCACCAACGUCCUGGAGCCCCGGCACCACAAACAUCAUCGACAAUUAUUAUCAUUCAGAUUCGGAAUGUCUGUCCGACGAAGAUUACGACAUUUUGAGUGAGAAAAGUGAUGAAGAUGAUCUGAAAAUCGAUUUCAAGUCGGAAAAUCUGGCGGAAGCCAUUGAAUCGGAAGAGGAAAUUCAGAAGCGUCAGCGUCAAUUGGAGAUCAUCAACAUAUACAAUGCGAACGAAAAGUCGUAUCAAAAUUCUAAAAACAUUGGCAGCGGCUUCGAUCUGUUCGUUGAUGACGCGGAAUUCGUUGCGAACAUUCAAAACUAUGAAAAAUGUUACAACGAAUCGAUCGACAGUUUUCAACAGAAGAUUCGGACAUCGGGAAUGCUCGUCAAAUUCGACAAGACGCUAGAGAUCGAUAAUAAGCGAACAAAGUUGAAGAAAACCCAGGAAGACGUUGACUUCAGCAAAUUGGUCGAAUUGGUUCCGUUUAUGGAACCGGGCUGGCUAAAGAAUCACCGAAAGCUAAGGGAAAAAUGCGAAAACGAUCCAAUGUCCUUGGACGAACUGUACGAUCUGCACAGAAUUUACUUCGAGAACAAUGGUUCCGAAACGUAUGAGAUCGAAGGUACUGGCGACAUAUUCGAUCGGUUCAAUGAUUUCAAUUGCCUGAAAAUCCAAGGAGAACGGAAGAUUCUUUCGCUGGACUAUCACGAGUAUUUCAAAUGCAAAGCGUUGCAACGAAAGCGAAACACACUCGGAUCGGCCACGCCACCGCCAUCACCGUUACACGCUGUCAGUAAGGAUGAAUUCAGUUUCGAUCGUCAGCCCAAUUUGAAUGGACAUCCCGGUCCUAGUCCUAGCAUUAUAUUGCAGGCGUUGACAAUGUCGAAUGCCAACGACGGCAUCAAUUUGGAACGUCUUGAAACGAUCGGAGAUUCGUUUCUCAAGUAUGCCAUCACCACAUAUCUGUACUGCACAUACGAGAAUGUUCAUGAAGGCAAACUCAGUCAUUUGCGAUCGAAACAAGUGUCCAAUCUGAAUUUGUACCGUUUGGGACGUAGAAAAAUGUUUGGCGAGAGUAUGAUAGCAACCAAAUUUGAACCGCACGAUAAUUGGCUGCCACCGUGCUACUAUGUACCGAAGGAAUUGGAGAAGGCGUUGAUUGAGGCUAAAAUUCCGGCAUGCCAUUGGAAUUUGGCCGAUUUACCAAACAUUAAAGAGUUGAACAGCGAAGAGAUCUGUAAACUAGUCAAACAAAAGGCCGAAGCACUCGGUCUUCUAGAUGAUACAAGUGAUACGGAAAUGGAUGAAACACCGUCGCAACCGAUGCAAUCAAACAUUAUGGACAAUUUCCCAUGUUUCAUUCCCUAUAAUCUUGUGACACAGCACAGCAUUCCCGACAAGUCUGUGGCCGAUUGUGUCGAAGCUUUAAUCGGAGCAUAUCUUAUCGAAUGUGGACUACGUGGUGCGCUGCUAUUUAUGGCAUGGCUUGGCAUACGCGUUCUACCUUCCUAUGAAGUUGAAUACGACCAAAUGAAUGAACGAAUUUGUGGCAGCACCGAACCAUUUGAGAGAGAUGGCGUUAAAUAUCAAACUUGUUAUGGCCACUGGACGGCACCGAAAUCACCGUUACUAAUGCAUUCGCCCAAUCCACACGAGACCUUAGAACAACUAUUGGAUGGCUAUUGUGUUUUCGAAGACAUUAUCGGCUAUCAUUUCCAAGAUCGCUCAUAUCUGUUGCAGGCCAUGACUCAUGCCUCGUACACACCGAAUCGACUUACUGAUUGUUACCAGAGGUUGGAGUUUCUGGGCGAUGCUGUACUGGAUUACUUAAUUACGCGACACUUGUAUGAAGAUCCUCGUCAACAUUCCCCCGGAGCUCUUACCGAUUUGCGAUCGGCACUAGUGAACAAUACGAUAUUUGCUUCGUUGGCUGUACGGCAUGGGUUCCACAAAUAUUUCAAACAUUUGUCGCCUGGUUUGAAUGAUGUCAUCGAUCGGUUUGUACGUAUUCAACAUGAAAACGGUCACAGCAUUAGCGAAGAGUUUUACCUGAUAUCCGAAGAGGAAUGUGAUGAAGCUGAAGAUGUUGAGGUGCCAAAAGCGUUGGGCGAUGUUUUUGAAUCGGUGGCUGGUGCUAUUUUCCUCGAUUCAAACAUGUCGUUGGACACAGUUUGGAUGGUUUACAGUAACAUGAUGAGGCCGGAAAUCGACCAGUUCAGCAAUUCUGUGCCAAAAUCACCAAUUCGUGAAUUGUUGGAAUUGGAGCCGGAAACAGCGAAAUUCAGUAAACCUGAGAAGCUAGCCGACGGUCGGCGAGUUCGUGUAACUGUGGAGGUAUUUGGAAAGGGAACAUAUCGUGGCAUUGGUCGAAACUAUCGUAUCGCCAAGUGUACAGCGGCCAAAUGCGCUCUGCGACAACUGAAGAAAAAUGGUUUGAUUUCGAAGAAACAUUGAACAUUAUGGACCGAUAGUGUUAGUGUAGCUAGUGAAAUGAACUUACAUCCAAUUAUACACUCGUGCAGUAUUAUUGUAAGGAUUUUGUUUAAAAUUUUAUAUUUAAUUUUUGUAAUAAAUGCAAUCAAUUGAACUGAAA